AUGGUGAAGAUCAGAUGGCGACUUCUUUGUCUCGUUCAGUUGUUUGGGAGGAGACGGGCCGAGGAGAACAGUCCCAGGUGUUGGGUCAGUGUGAAGGUGUUUGGGAAUGAACUCAGUGCUUUUACCUGUGAAGACCUCCACAGUGACAUCAACCAGCUGUCUCUGAGCAUGGCCCAACUGGCUGUAAAACUGCUGAAGGGUCAGGAGGUUCAGCUGAAUCACAGAGCUGUGUUAAUGACAGAAGAGCUGCUGUUGCCUUCUCUGUCCGGUUUACCCGUCAAACUGGGCAUCAACAUGACCUCCCUGCUUUCACUGAAGCUAAAAGGCAACGCAAACUACAGGGACAUGGCUCAUUUCUCACUGACAGGAUACAUCAAACCCAAUGCCUUUGUGGGGCUGUGGGCCAGGAUGGGGGUUGACGGGGCUUUGGGUCAGGCUGCGGUGGAGUGGGUGUCAGACCUGAGGAGUUCCACCAGUCUGGAUGGAAAUGUUCAGCUGCAGGAAGGACAGGACCUCAGAGUCACACUCAACACGCCUGAAGACGUCAUGGACAUCAUUUCAUUCAGACGAUACAAGAUGAAAGCGGUGGAAAAAGUCAAGUACAUGAGCGGAGAAGAGGGAGGAGUGGACGGCCAGGACAGCACAGUGCGUGAUUCCACAUCAUCUCUGUUUUCUCUUUCAAUCAUCUCCAACGGGGCUUUGACUCGACAUUAUGAUGACGUCGUGUGUCCUUUUCAAGAAAAAGGAUGCAUGUUAUAA